AUGCUGGAGCUUCUGGUGCUCCUCACGCUUCUCUCCCAGCACGGAUGUUCACCAUGUUCUGACUACAUCCUGGCUGAUGUUUAUGAUGGUUUUAGGCCUGGUCUUGACCCCCAACCCCAUGAAUGCUCAGUUGUGGGGGUAUCUGAUGGCUUCUGUUUGGAUGGUCAAAGAAUCGUAGGAGGAGCGGAUUCGACACCUGGACAGUGGCCGUGGCAGGUCUGCCUGCUGAAGAAUGGCCUUCUCACCUGCGGGGGCUCGCUGAUCGCAGACUCCUGGGUGUUGACCGCAGCUCAUUGCUUUAGGACUUCGAUGACUAUCUCAGACUAUACCAUAUACCUUGGCGUUCAUCAGCUAUCAGACCUACAGCAGCUUGGAAUUGUGGUCUCAGGAGUGAAACAAAUCAAAGUGCACCCCGAGUUCAAUGAAGAACUAUCCGGCAGAGACAUUGCCUUGGUGGAGUUGGAGGAACCGGUCAUUUUUACCUCUUCUAUAGUUCCUGUCUCUCUGCCAUUGGACUCUGGGGAUCUUCCAGAGGGAACACUGUGCUGGGCAACAGGCUGGGGUGAAGUCAAAGAUGGAGAGCCACUGGCCAACCCCAAGACUCUCCAGGAGGUCCAACUCGCUCUGAUAGACAGCAAGAACUGUGAAUCCAUGUACCAAUCCAGCUUGGGCUACAAAUCCAAAUUGACUUUAAUUCAGGAGGACAUGCUUUGUGCUGGUUACAAGGAAGGAAAGAAAGAUUCAUGCAUGGGUGACUCCGGUGGACCACUUGUAUGCAAUGUGGAUUGUGUCUGGGUGCAGAUAGGCAUUAGCAGCUGGGGUUUUGGAUGUGCCGAGCCCAACCGUCCUGGUGUCUAUACAAGAGUCACAUAUUACUUGCCCUGGAUCCAGGAACAUGUAACCUCCUUGCUGUCAGAGACACAAUCCUGCAUUGAUGAUACCAUAUGA